UCGACCACCGCCGCAGUGCUCCGCCUCUCCCUCCCGAGGUCAAAAAAAAAAAAAAAACUCCGCCUCUCUCUCACCCCAUGGCCACCGCCGCAGUCCGCCGCCUACUCCGUCCCACCUCCUCCACCGCCUUGUCCCGUGCCCGCCGCCUCCUCUCCUCCACCGCUUCUUCACCGCCGAACCGCAGCCCCAACACGAACAGCCCCGUCUCCUUCGACUGGUCCGACGACGACGAGAGUCCCCCCGCACCUCCACCCGCAUCCCCGGCAAAGAACCCCACUCUGCCGCCGCCCUACGACCCCUUCAGCAAGAAGCCCGCCGUGGCAGACCCACCCGACUCCACCAACCUUCAGGAAGUCUUCCACCGGAUGCGCACCGGAGGGCUUACUGACUAUGCCAUCAAGAUGUUCGACGGAUUGUCCAAGGACGGGCUCACGCACGAAGCGUUGGCUCUCUUCUCGAUCAUCAAGGAUAAGGGCGCCAUGCCCGAUGUCGUUGCCCACACAGCCGUCCUGGAGGCCUACGCGAAUGCUGGCCCCGGCCACUGGGGUGACGCCGUGCGGACCUACAAGCGCAUGCUCUCCAGCGGGGUCGCGCCGAAUGCGUACACCAUGGCCGUGCUCGUCAAGGGGCUUGCGGCGAGCGACCGGUGCGCGGAGGCCGGCAAGUACCUGCUGGAGAUGCUCGACCGUGGGAUGCGGCCCAAUGUUGAGACGUGCCUGGCUACCUUUGAGGCGCACGUCAGGAUGAACAAGGUGGAAGAGGGGAAGGCUCUGCUGGAGAUGAUGAAGAAGAAGGGGUUCGUGUUGGACGAGGAGGGGGUGCGCAGCGGCACCGUCAAGCGGGGGCAUGUCUUCAGGGCUGUCAUGAACAUGCUCUUUGGAAAGUGAUAAUGGUACGCACUAGCUGUUUCGUUAUGUUGUUGCAUAAGCAAUUGUGGGCUGUAUCUUGUCACUCGAAAUCAAAAUGUCUGCUGUUGUCUACUGCACAGGACAGGGUUGAUAUCCUGUCUUCCAUGGCUUGCUCCUCCUUA